GCAACAGACGAUCUCUGUAACCAAAAAAAAAAGAAAAAGUUUUGCAUCUCGAACAAUUUUAUCCCAUCUCAAAGAUGUGGAAACACAUCAUGAAAAAUCCUCACAAGGUGUUACCUCAACUACUCGCGGCGGGGAUUGGUUCUUGGGGAUUCUUCUGCACAGGAACUGUCCGUGGAUGGAGUUCACCUGGAAUCCCAUCUCUCAAUACGACAAAGACUUUUGAUAUAGAUGCAACGGAAAUGGCAUGGAUAGCUGCCAUGCCACCGUUAUGUGCUCUUGCUGGAGCUUUACUUAUUGGCUAUCCGAUGCAACGAUACGGCCGACGGACAGCGUUGAUUGGAUUGAGCCUUCCUUUCUUUUUAGGAUUUCUUCUCAUGGGUUUUACUAAUCUAGCCCAACACAAAGCUAUCCUCUUCAUUGGCCGUCUACUGUCUGGACUCAUGAACGGAGCAGCGACUCCAGCAUCACAGAUUUACAUCAGCGAAUGUGCUUCUCCGCGCAUCCGCGGCACGUUGAGUUCCUUUACGGCUAGCGCAUUGGCGUUAGGCAUUUUGGUGGCAUACAUAAUCGGUGCCUUUGUCGAUUGGUGGGUCCUGGCAUUCAUAUUGAGCAUGUUCCCACUGCUGCUGUUUACUGGAAUGAUUUUCAUGCCUGAAACUCCAGUCUGGCUCAUAUCCCACAACCGAGAGGAUGACGCAAGAAAAGCUCUGCAACGUCUACGCGGAAAACGGACGGAUAUUGAAGCUGAAUUCCAACGGCUGAAGGAGAACCAAGCGAAGAACAGUCAACAACAAGAAAUCCAGCCCAGAGAAUUAAUGAAAGGUUCCGUUUUGAAACCGUUGGGUAUUUCUAUGGGCAUCAUGUUCUUCCAGCAAUUUACUGGCAUCAACGCAAUGAUCUUCUACACUGUCAGUAUCUUCAAAUCAGCUGGAACGACACUCGACGGCCGUUACGCUACUAUUAUUAUCGGUUUCGUCCAGCUUAUCGCCACUGCCGGAUCAGGAUUUUUGGUGGAUCGCUUUGGACGUCGCUUUCUUCUCCUGUCAUCCGCCGCGAUCGUCUCUUGUGCAUUGGCAGCCAUGGGCUCUUUCUUCUACAUGCAGGCCCAAUGGGGUCCCGCGUUAGCCACAGAAACACUUGGCUGGUUACCUUUGCUCUCGCUCAUCGUUUUCUUCAUCGCCUAUUCCGGCGGAUACGCAAAUGUUCCGUUCAUCCUCAUGGGCGAGAUGUUUCCGGCUCGUUAUCGUUCCAUUCUUGGACCGCUCAGCUCUUCGUUCAACCUGUGCUGUACGUUUACCGUCGUGCGGAGUUUCCCUCUCAUGCAAAUUUCAAUGGAAAAGUACGGAGCCUUCUGGUUCUUCAUGUGCUGCACGUUAGUGGGCAUCGUUUUUGUCUACCUUCUCCUUCCGGAGACUAAAGGCAAAACACUUGAUGACAUUGAGAAACUCUUCUCCGUCAAAUAUAAUGCCGAUGGUACGCUGAAGAUCACUGAAAUGCAGCCCGACAACUAUUCAAAUGGGAAAACGGCGUCGAUAGCUUCUUCGGGAAUCGUAAUGAACGCUCCAAGUCGUGAGUCUUUUCAUAAGCAGAAAGGCAAGCAGGAUGAUAAAGCUACGGUAGAAAAUGGAAAUGGUUUUUCUCCAGUACCGUUGAAUCCAAUUGUCGAUUCGGAAGACGAAGACGAAGAUGACGGCUCACUCGUUCCAGCGCCUGUCUAGAGCAUCAGUUGCCUUUAACGCGACUGCUAACAGGAUGCAGUUAAUGAUGGCUUAUUGCUUACGGAAAUUCUUAGUGGUAUGGCAAUUUAAUUCCCUCCCCCCAAAAAAAACGGAAUAUGCGAUAAAUCGUUUUUUAAAAUAAUUUAAUAGCUCAUGACUCAAAGAUUGUAUAUUUACCCUGGUUCUUAGAAAUUAGCUGUGUGUAAAGUUGAAUGUAACGAUGGUUUAAUUUUAUUAAUUUCACUUCUUUGUGUAAAUGUAAUUUUUUUUGUGACUGUAAAGAAGAAAUCGGAGAUUGAAGUUUCA